AUGAAGGCUUUCAGGGCAUGCCGGGAGUUGUAGUUUUGUAACCGCUGUAGAGCAACAGAUGGGGAGCACUGUGCAAGAAGUAGUACCGCAGGGCAGUGUGUGGCCCCAUUCACUUUUUAUUUGUGGCCCCACAUGUCAGUAUCAGUCAGAAAGGGAUGACGCCAUGUACUGGGACGAGCAUUGAUCUGUAAACUCAUUGACCCAGGGUUAAAAUUACUAUCUGUAAACUCAAUGUAGAAGCAGUCUGACAGUGAAUCUACUCCAUUAUGCAUCUGCCCUAUAAUAGCAUAGUAUUGCCUGCUGGGAAUCCAACGUGUAUGUAUAUACCACCACCAGUAAUGUAAACAUAGGAGAAUAUUGAACCCUCCAAUGCUCUCCCUCCCAUACAACAAGCUCACAGGCUGGGACCUGCAGAAUGACUAGUCCAGCACUGAGCUGCAUAGAGAUCAGUUUACAGUUUCUCACUUCUAUCACUGCUGCCUGCAGAUGAGCAGUCCCAGCCAAGGAACUCUGUGCAGCUGAAGUCACUAAGUAUUAUACACUCAAGCCCUGCAACCAUGCUGAAGAUUAUUGUGGAGUCUGCUACCAAUAUCCCCAAAACCAAGCUUGGGAAGCCAGAUCCUAUAGUGACCCUCACCUUCAGAGGAGAGAAAAAGAAAACCAAGUCCAUAGACAGUGAACUUAACCCAGUAUGGAAUCAGCUCAUUGAGUUUGAUCUGAAGGGAAUACCCCUUGACUACUCCUCAUCCUUGGAAGUCAUUGUGAAGGAUUUUGAAACUAUUGGAAAAGACAAAUUGAUUGGAAGUACAACUAUUUCACUUAAGGAUUUUGUUGGAGGACCAGGUCGAUCCCUUCCGUUCAAAAGCUUGGCUCUGAUGAGUGACAAGGGGCAGCCCAUUGGGGCCACUAUUGAUUUAUCAGUCUCCUAUGAACCUCCUGUGUCCCCUACCAGCAAUCAAACUGAUCCAGGAGGUACAAAUGCGCAAACCGAUGCAGAAAAUGAAGAUGAAGAAGACGGAGAUGUUGUUGAUUCAGGAUUCAGUCCAUAUACUCCGGGGGUUCCUGGACAGGCAGAUAAUCAAAUUGCCCGACGUCUUACAAAAGGAAAGAAAACCAGAAGGAUCCUGUCCAACAAAUCCCAAGAUUUCCAGAUUCGGGUUCGGGUGAUUGAAGGGCGCCAGUUGUCCGGGAACAACAUUAAGCCUGUGGUGAAGGUCAGUGUAGCAGGACAGACCCACAGAACAAGAAUCAAAAGAGGAAACAACCCCUACUUUGAUGAGAUUUUUUUCUACAAUGUCAACAUGACCCCAUCAGAGCUGUUUGAUGAAUCCGUCAUACUGCGGUUGUUCAAUUCUGGAUCUAUAAGAGCGGACAGCCUCAUAGGUGAAUUCAAGCUUGAUAUCGGCUUUAUAUAUGAUGAACCAGGGCACGCUGUCAUGCGGAAAUGGGUUCUUCUCAAUGAUUCUGAAGACUUGAGCUCUGGAGCCAAAGGAUACCUCAAAGUCAGCAUGUUUGUUAUAAGUAUUGGAGAUGAGCCCCCAGUGGAGAAAAGGGAAAAAGACAGUGAAGCGGAUGAUGUGGAGAGCAAUCUUCUUUUGCCCACUGGAGUGGCACUAAGAUGGGUGACCUUCCUACUUAAGAUAUACAGAGCUGAGGACAUACCACAGAUGGACGAUGCAUUCGCACAGUCAGUUAAACAACUCUUUGGAGGAGACUCUGACAAGAAGAAUUUAGUUGACCCAUUUGUGGAAGUUGUUUUUGCUGGGAAGAAGGUCUGCACAAGAACGAUAGAAAAAAAUGCUAAUCCAGAAUGGAACCAGGCGGUCAAUCUGCAGAUCAAGUUUCCCUCGGUUUGUGAAAACAUAAGACUCACAGUGUAUGACUGGGACAGACUUACCAAGAAUGAUACAAUUGGAACAACUAUUCUGAGUUUGUCUAAAAUUGCUGCAUCUGGUGGAGAUUUGGAAGACAGUGAUACUCCUGGAGUUGGGUCUACGGCCUUAGAAGCUGCUAGUGACAAGGAGGUCGGAUUUUUACCCACUUUUGGACCCUGUUACCUUAAUCUGUAUGGAAGUCCAAGAGAAUUCACCGGAUUUCCUGACCCAUAUGAUGAUCUCAACUUUGGAAAGGGAGAAGGUGUUGCUUAUAGGGGAAGAAUCCUUGUUGAACUGCAAACUAAACUUGAUGGCACACCAGCUAAAAAGAUCGAGGAUAUCCCAAGUGAUGAUCUCCUUGUUGUCGAGAAAUAUCAGCGCAGGAGGAAGUUCUGCUUGAGUGUUGUGUUCCAUUCAGCCACCAUGUUGCAGGACAUUGGUGAAGCCAUACAAUUUGAAGUCAGCAUCGGUAAUUACGGCAAUAAAUUUGACAGCACUUGCAAACCCCUUGCAUCAACAACUCAGUACAGCCGUGCAGUGUUUGAUGGUAACCUCUACUACUACCUUCCAUGGUCAGCGACUAAACCUGUAGUAACAUUAACCUCCUCAUGGGAAGACAUUUCUCAUCGACUUGAUGUUGUCAAUAUGUUAAUGGCAAUGUCAGAAAGGCUGCAAUCCAACAUCUCAGCACUGAAAUCAGCCAUACAAGCAAAGAUUCCUGACACCAGGCUGGCAGAAAUAUGGCUGAAGCUAAUAGAUCAGCUAAUUGAAGACACUAUGAAGCAGCUACCUCCUCUGGAUGGGAAGUCCCAUGUCACCAUGCUGGACAUGCAGCUUUAUAAGCUCAGGCAGUCUUCCCUCAAGCUGAUCGGAGAGGCAGCUGUGAGGAUGAGGGGCGAAGCGACUGAUGUGAAGGCCACACUACCUGAAAUAGAGGACUGGCUCGAAAGACUCCAACAAAUUUCUGAAGAGCCUCAGAACAGCAUGCCGGAUGUGAUCAUCUGGAUGAUUAGAGCAGAGAAAAGACUGGCGUACGCCCGCAUUCCUGCCCACAAAGUCCUCUUCUCAUCCACCAGUGAAGAAGCCUGUGGAAAAUACUGUGGGAAGACACAGACAAUCUUCUUACAGUACCCCAUGGAUAAAAAUCAAGGUGCAAAAAUUCCAGUUCAGUUAAGAGCCAACAUAUGGCUGGGGCUGGCAGCAGUCGAGAAGAAAUUUAACAGCUAUGCAGAAGGGACCUUCAGUGUAUAUGCCGAGAUGUAUGAAAACCAAGCUAUGAUGUUCGGGAAAUGGGGGACCACGGGUCUGCUGAAACGUCCCAAGUUUUCUGAUGUCACAGGAACUAUCAAACUGAAAAAGGAGAGCUUCCUCCCACCUAAGGGCUGGGAGUGGGAAGAAGACUGGAUUGUGGAUCCUGAGAAGAGUUUACUGACUGAAGCGGACGCCGGUCACAGUGAAUUUACUGAUGAAGUGUUUCAGAACGAAAGCCGAUACCCUGGGGGGGAAUGGAAACAAUCUGAUGAGCCAUACACUGAUGUGAACGGAGAGAAGAGCCAUUCUCCUGGGGAGUUUGAUUGCCCAUAUGGUUGGGUAUGGGAAGAUGAUGCUUGGACCUAUGAUAUUAAUAGGGCUGUGGAUGAGAAGGGUUGGGAAUAUGGAAUCACAAUUCCUCCAGACAGUAAACCCAAGAGCUGGGUGGCUGCUGAAAAAAUGUACCACACUCACCGCCGCCGGAGACUAGUGAGGAAAAGGAAGAAGGACCCGACCAUAACCACUACUAGGAAGGCAACACUUUCCCAAGAGGAACAGGAAGGCUGGGAAUACGCUGCCCUCGUAGGGUGGAAAUUUCACUUGAAACAACGCAGCUCCGAUACUUACCGUCGCAGGCGAUGGAGAAGGAAAAUGGCUCCUGCUGAAAGUCUUGGUGCCUCCGCCAUCUUCAAACUUGAGGGAGCUCUUGGCACUGAUGUUAGUACUGAAGAAGAAGAGAAGAAGAGUUCUGAGAAGGAGUCUGCAACCACUAUCUUUGGGGCAAACACACCCAUUGUGUCUUGCACCUUUCAACAAACCUUUAGUUAUCAUCUUCGCUGCUACCUGUAUCAAGCUCGGAAUCUUACACCUAUGGAUAAAGACAGCUUCUCUGAUCCCUAUGCACAUGUAUCAUUCCUUCACCGCAGUAAAACCACAGAGACAAUUCAUUGUACCCUGAACCCAACAUGGGACCAAACACUAAUAUUCAAUGAAGUUGAAAUCUAUGGAGAUCCGCUUGCAGUUGCACAGAAUCCACCCAAUGUGGUCAUUGAAAUAUACGACAGUGACCAAGUGGGAAAAGAUGAGUUUUUGGGACGAAGCGUGUGCUCCCCUUUAGUAAAGUUAAAUCCUGGAAUAGACAUUACCCCAAAACUCCUAUGGUAUCCCGUGAUUAAUGCUGAGAAGAACUGUGGAGACAUCCUGGUGGCGGCCGAACUUAUUCUGCGUGACAAGGAUGCUUCCAACCUGCCUAUACUGCCAUCCCAGCGAGCUCCAAAACUAUUCAUGGUGCCUCAGGGUAUUCGACCAGUGGUCCAGCUUACUGCCAUUGAGAUCCUUACAUGGGGAUUGCGCAACAUGAAGAGUUUCCAAAUGGCGUCUGUCACCUCACCCAGUCUCAUUGUGGAGUGUGGGGGAGAAAUUGUUCAGUCAGCAGUUAUUAAGAACCUCAAGAAAACACCCAACUUCUUAAGUUCUGUCCUUUUUAUGAAAGUGCUUCUGCCUAAAGAAGAAAUGUAUGUGCCCCCUAUCAUCAUUAAAAUCAUUGACCAUCGGCCGUUUGGAAGGAAGCCAGUGGUGGGCCAGUGUACCAUCGACACACUUGAGCAUUUCCGUUGUGAUCCGUAUUCUACAAUAAUUGAUGAUGCAGCUGAACUAAAAAUGGCGCUCCUGUCUUCCACCCCUCCUCGUGAUGUAGUUAUAGAUGUGGAAGACACCAGACCAUUGCUGGCAAGUCAGCUUCAAGAAAAGGAAGAAGAAAUUGUAGAUUGGUGGAGUAAAUAUUACACUUCAAUUGGAGAACAUGAAAAAUGCGGCCAAUAUUUGCAAAAAGGUUAUGAUUCCCUAAAGGUGUAUGACUGUGAGCUGGAGGAGGUCCCGGAGUUUAAUGGCCUGACAGAUUUCUGUGAAACCUUUAAACUGUACAGAGGAAAGUCUGAAGACAAUGAUGAUCCGUCUGUAGUCGGAGAGUUUAAGGGAUCUUUCCGUAUUUACCCUCUCCCCGAUGACCCAAGCAUCCAACCCCCUCCUCGCCAAUUCCGGGAGCUGCCGGACAGUGGACCCCAGGAAUGCAUUGUCCGCAUCUACGUAAUCAGAGGAAUAGAUCUUCAACCCAAGGAUAGUAAUGGGCUGUGUGAUCCUUACAUCAAAAUUACUUUGUGUAAAAAAGUAAUUGAGGACCGCGAUAACUACAUACCCAACACUCUAAAUCCUGUCUUUGGAAGAAUGUAUGAGCUGAGCUGCUUUUUACCUCAAGAGAAAGAUCUGAAGAUCUCUGUGUACGAUUAUGACGCUGUGACACGAGAUGAAAAAGUUGGCGAAACCAUAAUAGACUUGGAAAACAGAUUCCUUUCACGGUUUGGAAGCCAUUGCGGGUUGCCACAGACCUACUGUGUAACAGGGAUAAAUCAGUGGAGGGAUCAGCUGAAGCCCACCCAGAUCUUACAGAAUGUCGCCCGAUUGAAAUCUGUUCCUCCGCCUGUGUACUCGGAAAAUGGCACAAAAGCUUCUUUUACAGGCCGGGAGUAUUCACUGGAAAGCUUUGAGGCGAACAAGAAAAUACAUGAGCACCUUGGACCUGCCAACGAGAGACUCGCUCUUUAUAUUCUUCGAGGCCAGGGGCUUGUUCCAGAACAUGUUGAAACCCGGACGUUAUAUAGCACCUUCCAACCGAACCUCUCACAAGGGAAAAUAGAAAUGUGGGUAGAUGUUUUCCCCAAAAGCUUGGGCCCUCCAGGACCACCAUUCAAUAUUGUACCCCGCAAAGCUAAAAACUAUGUGCUUCGUGUGAUUGUUUGGAAUACCAAAGACGUGCUGCUUGAUGAGAAGAGUAUUACUGGAGAAGAAAUGAGUGAUAUCUAUGUAAAAGGUUGGAUUCCUGGCAAUGAAGAAAAUAAGCAGAAAACAGAUGUGCACUAUCGGUCACUGGACGGUGAAGGAAACUUUAACUGGCGAUUUGUUUUCCCAUUUGAAUAUCUUCCAGCGGAACAGCUCUGUGUUAUUUCUAAAAAGGAACAUUUUUGGAGCCUUGAUAAAACAGAAUUUAAGUUACCUCCAAAAUUAUUACUUCAAAUCUGGGACAAUGACAAAUUCUCCUUGGAUGACUACUUAGGCUUUGUUGAACUUGAUUUGCACCGCACAAUACUACCAGCAAAAACCUCACAGAAAUGCAACUUGGAUAUGAUCGAUCUCCCUCAUCCUUCCAAGGUUUCCUCUCUCUUUGAACAGAAGUCCAUGAGAGGGUGGUGGCCGUGCUAUGCUGAGAAGGAAGGAAAACGUAUCUUGGCUGGAAAAAUCGAGCUGACGCUGGAAGUGCUAAAUGAGAAAGAGUCAGAAGAAAGGCCAGCUGGCAAGGGACGGGAUGAACCCAACAUGAACCCCAAGUUAGAUCCACCAAACCGACCAGAAACCUCUUUCCUUUGGUUCACAAACCCAUGCAAGACAAUGAAAUUCAUUGUGUGGCGCAGAUUCAAAUGGAUCUUCAUUGGUAUCAUCGUCUUGAUUUUAGUGCUGCUGUUCAUCGGAGUGUUCUUGUAUUCUUUGCCGGGCUACAUUUCCAUGAAGAUCGUGAAACCAUUUUAAUAGAAAAUACAAACUUCAGCUGAACAAUCUUGAGAUUAGUAUUUGUCUCUCCCAGUGGUGGCCUGGAACUUGGAAGAAGACCUUCUUAAUAGAUGUAACCUUGUUCACUUGUCUGCUAAAUAUAAUAAAUGGGUGCGACUUAUAACCAAGGUUAGAGAAGGUUCAUAGGGUCAUGACUUGUGUUGCAAGUCUAUUUUUUCAACAAAAUACUUUUCACAAGUCCACCUCAGGUGUAGGUUCCCAAUGUAUGCACUCAUUGCUUUCUCCUCGACAUAACUUAUAUCUAUUCAUUUUUACUAAAAAGACGGAUGUUCUCAGACAAAAAUCCUGUCUCAUGGAAUGUGUAAAAGUGCAAUAAUAUUAUUACAACUGUACAUGUACAGAGGUCAAAAUACAAAGCACCGUUAUUUGCACCGUUAUAUUUGUAUACUUUUUAUAUGCGAUUUUUUUCAAUUGUAAAAUUGAUGUACACGCUAAAUAAAUAGCACUAUU